AUGAAGCUACGAUGCGUGAUGAGCUUGCAAACGACAGCAGCACUAGCGGUUGGUGGUGCUGCACUGUGGAAGGAAGGUGGCGUAUGGUGGUCCCGGCUGAACGACGUCAUGAGGUUGGUCCUCUUCUUCGGCCACGACAGGAAUGACGAUAGAGAAAUCAUCCCGAUGGUUUCCGGCUUUGACAGCAAUGGCGGCAGCCUGAAAGUCACGAAUCGGCGGCAACCACGAUGUCAACUUCUUCUCCGGUCUUUAACUGAUGCAGCCCCCUUUCUCGGUUUCCCAUCGGUCUUCGUUAUUGCCCGCGACAAGAGUCGUUCGAUGGUGCUAGGUGGUCGGAGCCGAUAG